CGAAAGCAUUGCGAGGUGUUUGUGGCUGCUCUUGUCGCAUUGCUACUAUACCGACUCCUGGCCUCAUUUCCCGCAAAUUUCCAGUGUUUCUGGUCAUUUUGGACGCGUGACAAUCACUCCCGCACCCUUCGUCGCGGGUUUGGUCAAGCUCUCCGAAGCUCAAUCAAAACAGCCUCGUGCAAUGGCCCUUGCGCAUUACUAGAUUCACAAACCUUUCCAAAUCUACUUGACGAACCGGGCAAUACGGCUGUCAAUCUACCUGCGUUUGCGCGCAGGAUCCUUACCGCCAGAUGGCUACUCAAUUCACAGAUGAGAACAUCAAGGAGCUGAAGUUCCGACUCGAAGAUGCGGCGAUCAAGUGCUCCGAACGAUGCCUCUACCAAUCGGCAAAAUGGGCUGCGGAGAUGCUCGACUCCCUCGUCCCAAUCGACCAGUAUGAAACGGAUCCCGAUUCACCAAUGGACCAGCCCGAUGCUCCUCCGAACGCCCAAAACCCCUACCUCCGGACCCAAGACUCCUUAGAAGCGGCGCUCGAGGCGCAAGAGUCGUAUAAAUAUCUCCUGGCCAAGUCAUACUUUGACACCCGCGAAUACGAUCGCUGUGCCGCCGUCUUCUUGCCUCCGACUAUAUCCCCCAUCCCUCUUGCGACUGCAUCGCCCAACCCGAAACAUAGGCAAUCGUUGACUCCGCAGAAAGGCAAAUCUAAGGCAUCGCCGUUCGCAGGGGUGAAGGACAAUGGUGCGACAAGGAAUCCCUACCCUAGGCUCAGCCAGAAAUCCUUGUUCCUCGCCUUGUAUGCCAAGUACCUGGCAGGCGAGAAGCGCAAGGAUGAGGAGACGGAGAUGGUACUAGGUCCCGCUGAUGGAGGCUCCACAGUCAACCGGGAGUUGCCAGAUCUGGCUCGCGGCCUAGAAGGAUGGUUUACCGAGCGACGCGAGAAGGGACUGGAAGGUCGGAACCAGGGUUGGUUGGAAUACCUUUACGGUGUCAUACUCCUCAAGGGGCGGAAUGAGGAUGAGGCCAAAAAGUGGCUGAUUCGGAGCGUGCACCUGAACCCAUUCCACUGGGGCUCGUGGCAAGAAUUGAACGACUUACUGGCCAGCACGGAAGACUUGAAACAAAUUGUCGAUCUUCUCCCGCAGAACAUCAUGACUCUCAUAUUCCACGUAUACUGUAGCCAAGAGCUAUAUCAAGCCACAGAUGAUACGUACCAGGCUCUGUCCGAGCUGGAGACGAUCUUCCCAACAAGCGCCUUCCUCAAGACACAGAGAGCACUCCUCUACUACCACUCGAAAGAUUUCGAAGCAGCAUCGCACAUCUUCACAGACAUCCUCAUCACCUCACCCCACCGCCUCGACAGCCUCGACCAUUACUCCAACAUCCUCUAUGUCAUGGGCGAGCGCCCGCAGCUCGCCUUCGUCGCCCAAGUCGCGACGGCGACCGACAAAUUCCGUCCCGAGACGUGCUGCGUCGUAGGAAACUACUACUCGCUCAAAUCCGAGCACGAAAAAGCAGUCAUGUACUUCCGCCGCGCGCUGACGCUCGACCGGAACUUCCUCUCCGCCUGGACCCUGAUGGGCCACGAAUACAUCGAGAUGAAGAACACGCACGCCGCGAUCGAGUCCUACCGGCGGGCCGUCGACGUGAACCGCAAAGACUACCGCGCCUGGUACGGGUUAGGCCAAGCCUACGAAGUCCUCGACAUGUCCUUCUACGCGUUGUUCUACUACCAACGCGCCGCCGCCCUGCGGCCGUACGACCCGAAGAUGUGGCAGGCCGUGGGAUCGUGCUAUGCCAAGAUGGGCCGCAUCGAGCAGAGCAUCAAGGCCCUGAAACGGGCCCUCGUUGCCGGCUCCUACUACGCCGAGGACUCUUCCUCCCAGGUCGGUGGCAUGGGCGGCGGCGGCGGCGGCCCUGCCCGCAAGAUUCUCGAUCCGGAGACAUUACACCAGAUCGCCACGCUCUACGAGCGCCUGGGCGACGAGGAGGAAGCCGCCACGUACAUGGAGCUCACCCUGCAACAAGAGUCCGGGCAGGUCGUCCAGGAGGAGGAAGAGGUCUCGUCCGACGACGAUCAGUCCGGCACGGAUGUUCCGUCCAGCUCGCGCCGCACGCGCAAGUCGUCGAGGGAGACAGAAGAAGAGGAGGAUACAUGGCACGGCACGGGGGUCACCGCGACGACGUCCAAGGCGCGGCUGUGGCUCGCUCGGUGGGCGCUCCGCGGCGGCGAUCUGGAUCGCGCGGAUCAACUGGCCGGCGAGUUGUGCCAGGAUGGGGUGGAGGUGGAAGAGGCCAAGGCUUUGAUGAGAGACGUUCGCGCCAGAAGGGAGGGCGGUUGA